AUGUGGGGUGCUGGGGGGGUCACCUGGAAAGUCAACUGCGUCCAGUUCAAUGAGGAGGCCACCAUCAUCGUGUCCGGCUCCAUCGACUCCACCGUCCGCUGCUGGGACUGUCGCUCCCGUCGCCCCGACCCCGUCCAGGUCCUGGACGAGGCCAAGGACGGUGUCUCCAGCGUGAAGGUCUCCGACCACGAGAUCCUCUCGGGCUCCGUGGACGGUCGCGUCCGACGCUACGACCUGCGCGCCGGCCAGCUCUUCUCUGACUACAUAGGGAGCCCCAUCACCAGCGUUUGCUUCAGCAAGGACGGGCAGUGCGCCCUGGCCGCCAGCCUGGACUCCACCCUGCGCCUGCUGGACAAGGAGACAGGGGAGCUGCUGGGCGAGUACACGGGCCACCGCAGCACCUCGUACCGGCUGGACUGCGUCCUGAGCGAGCAGGACACCCACGUGGGCAGCGCCUCCGAGGACGGACACGUUUAUUUCUGGGACCUGGUGGAGGGCUCGCUGGCGCUCAGCCUGGCCGUGGGCCGCAGCGUGGUGCAGUCCCUCUCCUUCCACCCCACACUGCCCUGCCUGCUGGCUGCCACCCAGGGCCAGCUCCAGCUCUGGAGGGAGGACAGUUUCCAGCCCGAGGGGGACCCCGACACGUGAGGGGGAAUUUUGGGGGGCCCCCCACUUCCCUGCACCCCCUCCUCUUCCAAGGAAUAAACCCCUGGCGUGGAGAAAUUA